UACCUGGCGGACGGACAGGUCAAGAAGGCUAUCGAGCUGCUGGAGUGGGUUGUGGCGGUUUACAAGACAACGCUGGCCGAGACGCAUCUGCAUCGACUGGCGUCGCAGCACGACCUCGCGGGUGCAUACCGGGCGGACGGACGGGUCAAGGAGGCCAUCGAGCUGCUGGAGCGGGUGGUGGCGGUCCAAGAGACAACGCUGGCUGAGACGCACCUGCGUCGACUGACGUCGCAGCAUGUUCUCGCAACCGUAUACCAUACCGAUGGCCAGGUGAAGAAGGCGGUCGAGUUGCUCGAGCAUGUCGUGGCCGUUCGCCAGAGGACAUUGUCGGAGGAGCACCCGGACCGACUGGGGUCGGAACGUUGGUUGGACUUCUUACAUAGCCAGCAGCAUGCUGAUUACCAGUGA